GCUAUCAAAGUAGCCAGUCUGGCGGGGGCGAUUUUUCGACACAAGGAUAGAAAACGGGGACAACAGGACACGUUGCGAUUCUUCUUUGACCAUAAGCUCGGUUUCAAUAUAUCCUUCCCAGACACAUCGAACACGCGUUUCCAGUCCCACGCAGAAGCUUGUGCUGUAAUCAUUACUUACUUGGACCUAUUCAUUGAGUUCCUCACAUACGUGAAGCAGAACAAGGGAUCUGGAAAGCUAAACCACAUGGAACAGAAUGUAUUCGAUGGUCUCCAAGAUAUCCCGACGCGUUAUGAAUUCAUUGCCAUCACUCUCUACUGGCUUGCCAUCAGUGUCCCCUACAUGCGCGAGAUAAGAGGUCCAUAUGCUACCGAAGAUAAUGUACUCAAGCUCGGGCCUCUCCAUCAACGCGUAAUUGACCACAUCGACACGUUGAUAAAACAUCCGGAAUAUCUGAUUGGACCAAACGCGUCAGCUGAGAUGGGUUCCCUUGAUGGACGCGCUUGGGAA